AUGUCUUUGGACCUCACCCCGGUCUUUAUACUGCUUUUAACACGCGAUGGAACCAUACUCAUAACCACGUACAUAGGCUAUGUGGAUGGACCAUGGCCGUUUGAUGAUCCAGGGACCCUGAAUACUCCUCUACAGAUAAGUGCCCUGGUGUUUAGCCUGGGUUACUUUAUGUUCGACAUGGCCUGGUGCGUCUACUUCCGCACAGAAGGUCCUGUUAUGCUCGCCCAUCACACUAUAAGUAUCCUGGGAAUCCUGUUGACCUUGUGGUUGGGAGAGUCCGGCAUUGAGUCCUGUGCUGUGAUCUUUGGCAGUGAAAUCACAAACCCGCUUUUGCAGACACGCUGGUUCCUGAAACAAACUGGCCACUAUUACAGCGCUCUUGGAGACAUUGUAGACACACUGUUUGUUCUCUUGUUUGUGGUAAUGCGCAUAUUUGUAGGAGGCACAAUGCUGUACUGUGAACUGAUCUCGCCAAGGCCAAGAUUCUUUAUCAAGUGUGGGGGCGUGGCCAUGUAUGCUCUGUCCUGGAUAUUCAUGGUGGACAUUGUGCGAUUUGCUAUCCGGAAGAGCACCAACAAGCGCACACGACAUAAAGACAAAACUAUAGCAGUAAAUGGUGUGUUUGAGAAAAAGGACUAG